AUGGUCGACGAUGUAAGAGAUAAUAUCUCCGAUUCCGAUAAUUCCUCCGAGUCCGGUGCGUCGUUUUCUUCAUGCGAAAUGGCGGCUAAUAUUCCUCCUCCGUUUGGUCGCUUCGAUGCUACAAAAGAAGAUUUCGAAUCAUGGUUGGAGCAAUUUACCAGUCAUCUCAAUUGCUACAAGGUUCUCGAUGCCGACAAAGUUAAUUUUCUAAUUGCGUCGGUUGGACCUGAAACUUACUCUAUUAUGAAGAAAAUUUCAGUACCGAAAAAGCCGAAGGAUAUGGAUUUUAAAACGUUGACUGAAGCCUUAAUUGAACAUUACAACCCAUCACCGCUUUCAGCAGUAUGUCGCUACAAAUUUCGCUCCCGUGUUCAACAAGAAAACGAAGAUUUCAAUUCGUUUCAUGCUGCUUUAAAGGAACUAACGAUCGGAUGCGAGUUUGAUACCGAUGCACGUUUAGACGAGGAGAUUCGAGACCGCAUUAUUGCGGGAGUACGUGAUACGAGUUUGCAAAAUUAUUACUUCUCUACCCCGAAUCUUGCGUUGAAAGAUGUUAUUGCUCGUGCGAAAGCUGCUGAACAAGCAGGUAAGGGUGUUACUCAGUUACAAUCUGCUCCGACUGGCGAAACUGCUACCAAUUUGUCAAGGUCGAAUAGUGAUAACUCGAUGAACAAAAUCAACGAGUCAGUGCGUAAGAAGAAAAAACCCCAAUCUGCCGCUGCGUCGAAUACGUCUUCUUCGAAGAGUGAAAAACCCAAAUCUAAUUCCUCAUCGAAUUCGUCAUCUCAAGUCAUCGUAUGCUACCGUUGCGGACGAAAAGAUCACAAGGCAACAGAGUGCAGAAAUUGCAGUAAGAAUACAAAAUGCAAAAAGUGCAGUAAAACGGGUCAUCUUCCUAGUGUUUGCGGUAUGUCUAGAUCUGAAAUGAUACGUGCGUUAAACGAAUCUCAGUCAGCCAGAUCCGUUAAAGUGGUUGAUAUCGCUAGUAUUUCCGCCUUAAGCAGUGCUCCAACGCCGAAGAUAAAACUUACCUUAUCAGUAAAUGGUCGUGAUGUACGUUUCGAAGCGGAUAGCGGUUCUGCUUACACUUUAUUAUCGAAGAGUGAAGCACGUCAGUUUGGUUUGUUAUCAAAUAUGCGAGCUGAAAAUAUCCCACUUACUUCGUACACUGGUGGUGAACUUACUAUCAUCGGUAUUGUACCUGUUACGGUUUCCUACAAACAAAAAUCACUCGAUCUCGAACUGCAAAUCGUCGAUGGUGAUUAUUCAAGUGUUGUUGGUCUCGAUUGGUUGCUACCUUUAAAUAUCGAUAUUCGAGAUCAUUGCUACAAACCUGCUAAUUCCGAGAACGUUAUCAAUCAGACUGUUUCUGAACAUGUCGAGUUGAAAAAUGGUAUUUUACGUUUAACCGAAGAGUUCGCGGAUAUUUUUGCCAGUGGUAUUGGACGAAUUCCAGAUGUCGAGGCUGAAAUUUAUUUGAAACCUGAGACUGUUCCGAUAUACUGUCGAGCUAGACCAGUUCCCUAUGCGCUUCAAGCUGCUGUUAAUGCUGAAAUUGAUCGUUUGGUCGCCGAAGGAGUUUAUACGCCUGUCACUUCUUCAGAAUGGGCUACUCCAGUUGUGCCAGUGAUUAAAUCUGACGGUCGUGUACGUUUAGUAGGCGAUUAUAGCGUAACGGUUAAUCGCCAUAUUGUCCCUGAAGAUUACCCAAUUCCCAAUGUGGAAGAAACAUUUCAUGGAUCUGGUAAUUGUCGUUAUUUUUCGAAGUUUGACAUCAGUGAAGCUUAUAUGCACAUGUGUACUACGUUGAACGCUUCGAAAAUUUUAACGGUGAAUACUCCAAAGGGUUUACACAACGUGAAUCGUAUGAAUUACGGUGUUCAAUGUGCCGCAGCGAAGUGGCAAAGAUUUAUGGAAUCUAUGCUGAAAGAUCUUCCAGGAUCAUGCGUUUUCUACGAUGACGUUAAAAUCGCUUCUGCUACUGCUAAAGAACAUUUAAUGCGAGUUCGUAAAUUUUUCGAAUUAUGCCGUAAGUUCAACAUUCGUCUGAAUAAGAAAAAGUGCGAUUUUCUUACUGAUCGUUUAACCUACCUUGGUUACGAAAUUGAUUCCAAUGGAGUUCAUAAAACGCAAGAGAAAAUUGAGGCCGUUUUAAAUGCUAAACAACCUCGUACUGCGGCUGAGCUGAAAUCGUUUCAAGGCUUAGUGAAUUACUACGCGCGUUUUGUUCCUAAUAUGAGUCAAUUAUUUGCUCCUUUGGGUAAACUUUUGCAGAAAAAUGCCAGAUUUAAAUGGAAUAAAGCUUGCAGUGCUGCGUUUGAGAAUAUUAAGAAGGAGAUCGCUAGUGAUCGCGUUUUGACUCAUUUCGAUCCGAGCAAAAAAUUGAUUCUAGCAACCGAUGCAUCUCCGGAAGCGAUUGGCGCCGUUUUGAGUCACGAAGAUGAAAAUGGUGAGCGCCCGAUUGCGUUUGUUUCUCGUAAGCUUACUCCUACAGAGCAGCGUUAUAGCCAGAUUGAUAAAGAGGCACUUUCCAUCUACUGGGGAACGCGUAAGUUUUUCAAUUACUUAUUUGGAAGAAAAUUUACGUUAAUUACUGACUGUCGUCCUCUUCAAUCGAUUUUCGCCGCUCAUGCUGCUAAACCUUCUCUCAGUGCUACCAGACUUUUGCAUUACGCCAUCUUUCUGCAAGGUUUUGACUAUGAAAUCAAGUACCGACGUUCCGAACAGAACGCCAAUGCCGAUUUUGUCAGUCGUUUUCCUUACAACGAAGUCGAUGUUAACCAAAUCGAUACACCUACGUUUCUACAGAAAGAGUUGUUGCAGAAAAUUCCAGUUACUGCUGCUCAAAUUGCCGAGGAAACUUUGAAAGAUCCUAUCACAGCUUCUCUACUUCGUCAGCUGUCCGGUGAAGAGCAAUGUUCGUUAAAGCCCAAGGAGUUAUGCGAAUACUCUUUGUAUAAUGGCUGUAUUUUUUGUAACGAACGUGUUUACAUUCCUGCCAAAUUUCGCGAUGCGGUUCUACGUGAAAUUCAUUCUGGUCAUCUGGGAAUUGUAAAAUGUAAACAACUCGCUCGGAGCUACGUUUAUUGGCCGAAAAUCGACCAGUGCAUCGAAAAAAUGGUCGCGCAGUGUGAAAUUUGCGGUAAAAACGCUCGAAACGCCGAUAAACUUCCGCCUCAUCAGUGGGAGAAUCCUAAAGCUCCGUGGCAACGUGUGCAUUUUGAUAUUGGUACACUCGAUGGUACGAAUUUACUCAUUUUGGUCGAUGCUUACUCGAAAUGGGUAGAAGUUUAUCCGAUGCAGUCAAUUACUACUGAAAAGGUCAUCGAAUGUUUUGUCGAAUGUUUUAGUCGUUUCGGUAAUCCUACUGUGCUCGUUUCAGACAACGCUCCUCAGUUUGUUUCAUCGGAAAUGAGUACCUACCUGCGAAGUAUUGGCGUAAAGCAUGUUACUUCCCCUCCGUUCCACCCUCAGUCCAACGGGCAAGUCGAGCGCUAUGUACAGACGGUGAAAAAUGGUUUAAAAUGUGACACCAAAGGCACUUUAACUCAGCGAUUGGCUCGAUUUCUACAGUCCUAUCGUCGUGCGCCUAAUUCUACUACAAAUAAAUCGCCAUUCGAAUUAAUGUUCAGUCGUUCAAUGAACACAACGCUCGAUCUACUGCUACCGAAGGAUUCUGAGACCAAGGAGAUUGCGGACGAACCUAGACGAUCAUUUUGUCCUAAUCAAAAGGUUCAAUAUCGCGUUUAUAAUAAAAGCGAAAAAUGGGCCUAUGGUUUUAUACAUAGUCGUCUUGGUAAAGUGCUGUAUUUGAUCAACGAUAAUGGUUCCAUCGCGAAGCGUCAUGCAAACCAAAUUCGAAGUCGUUCGUUCGAUGUUGCUGGAGCUGUUUCCUCUACUCCUUAUUCGUUUGCUGAUCAAUUCGAAGAUCAAGAGCUUCAUGAUCACGAUGUUCAUGAGCAAUCCUUUCAAGAGGCUCCUGCUUCGCCUCCUCCGGUUCUUCGUCGUUCUACUCGUGACAGGAGAUCCCCGAAACGUUUUUCCCCUUAG